CAGCACGUUAUCUCAUCCACUAUUCCCAGCCAGUCUCAUUCUUCCUCUUCUUCUUGAGCUCAAUGCGAAAUGAGUUUUCUGCUCACGCGAUACUCCGUCUCCGAUCCCAACCGCCUCCACCGACCCCCGUACGCUUCGGCUCUAUUCCGUUUCCCUCGCAUUCGCUCACCCAAUCCAAGAAACUCAGGAAAAGCAGCUUUUCUCUGAAGUUAUACAAUAACAGCCCCAAACGCCGCGUUUUUGGCAGAUCUAGCAGCGUAAUCAGAAGCUCGGUGGCCAAGGAAGCCAAUGGCGCGGCGGAGCAUAAGCCGAAGCAGCAACCGGCGGUGAAGAGGCCUUACCCCUUCCACGAAAUUGAGCUCAAAUGGCAGCGUUAUUGGGAGGAAAAUCGGACUUUUCGAACCCCUGAAGAAAUUGAUACCUCCAAGCCCAAAUACUAUGUUCUUGAUAUGUUCCCUUAUCCCAGCGGAGCUCGAUUACAUGUUGGCCAUCCACUUGGAUAUACCGCUACGUACAUUCUUGCUAGGCUCAAACGUAUGCAGGGUUACACUGUGUUACACCCAAUGGGAUGGGAUGCAUUUGGAUUGCCCGCUGAGCAAUAUGCAAUAGAGACAGGAACCCACCCGAAGAUCACUACCUUGAAGAACAUUGAUCGCUUUCGCUCCCAGCUUAAAUCAUUAGGAUUCUCAUAUGACUAGGAUCGUGAAAUUUCUACAACAUAACCAGAAUAUUAUAGAUGGACCCAAUGGAUCUUUCUUCAGCUAUUAAAGAGAGGAUUGGCGUAUCAGGUAUAAAUGAGAUACAAUUGGUGCCCUGCUCUUGGUACUGUCUUGGCAAAUGAAGAGGUUAUAGAUGGUUUGCGUGAGUGUGGGGGUCAUCCAGUAAUAAGAAAGCCAAUGAAGCAAUGGAUGCUCAAGAUAACUGCAUAUGCUGAUCGUCUUCUAGAAGAUUUAGAUGACCUCGACUGGCCUGAAAGCAUAAAAGAAAUGCAAAGAAACUGGAUAGGGAGGUCAGAAGGUGCCGAGAUGGAAUUUCCUAUUCUUAGCAGUGAUGGACAAGAAAGAGACACAAAGAUUACAAUCUAUACGACUAGGCCUGACACCAUAUUUGGAGCAACCUAUUUAGUCGUGGCACCAGAGCAUCCCUUGUUGUCAGUGGUAGUAUCAACAACCCAGAGAGAAACUGUGGAGGAGUAUAUAGAUAUUGCCUCAAGAAAGAGUGACCUUGAGAGGACUGACCUUCAGAAGGAGAAAACCAGGGUCUUCAGUGGUUGCUACACUAAAAAUCCAGUUCAUGGGGAAGCUAUCCCUAUAUGGGUUGCAGACUGUCUUGGGGAGGUGUACAAUUUGAGAUUUAUGGACCUAAAAAAUUCAGAAGAAUUGGUAGCAAAGACAAAAGAAAUUUACUGGAACCAAGUUGAUGUGUAUGUUGGUGAUGCAGAACAUGCUGUCCUUCAUUUACUUUAUUCAAGGUUCUGGCACAAGGUUCUUUAUGACAUUGGCGCCAUGUCCACCAAAGAACCGUUCAACUGUGUCAUAAACCAGGGCAUUAUUCUUGGCGAGGUUCAAUAUAUUACUUACAUGUUUCUGAUGGGAAUUUUAUCCCUGCAGGACUCUGGAACAACAGUCGAACAUCAGCAAGAAAUAAUACCAGAGGAAAAGGUCAUGAAGUCUGGGGAUUCUUUUGUACUGAAAGACGAUCCUAACAUUUGUCUGAUUGCGCAUUCUAUAAAAUGAGUAAAGCAGGGAAAUGUAGUCAAUCCGGAUGAUGUUGUUUCUGAGUACGGGGCAGAUUCGCUUCGUUUAUAUGAAAUGUUCAUGGGACCACUUAGAGACUCAAAAACCUGGAAUACGAGUGGUAUUGAAGGUGUCCAUCGAUUUUUGGGAAGAACAUGGAGGCUAGUUGUUGGUUCACCGUUGUUUGAUGGUACAUUCAAAGAUGGGACGGUAGUGACUGAUGAGGAUCCUACUUUGGAGCAACUUCGUUCUCUCCACAAGUGCAUUGCAAAGGUUACUGAGGAAAUAGAAGCAACAAGAUUCAACACUGGAAUAUCUGCCAUGAUGGAGUUUAAUGCGGCUUAUAAGUGGCAAAAACAUCCAAUGGUUAUUGAAGCAUUUGUUUUGUCGCUCUCGCCAUAUGCACCUCAUAUGGCUGAGGAGCUUUGGUUUCGCUUGGGACACUCCGAAUCUUUGGCAUAUGAGCCUUUCCGAAGGCGGAUCCUGCUUACUUGAAGGAAUCUACUAUUGUCCUCCCAGUUCAGAUCAAUGGCAAGACGAGGGGUACGAUCCAGGUUGAAGAGACCUGUUCGGAGGAGGAUGCCCUCGAGCUUGCAUCACAAGAUGAAAAACUCUCCAAAUACCAGGAGGGGAAGUCAAUUAAAAAGAGAAUUUUUGUUCCUAGCAAGAUCUUGAAUGUUAUUCUGGACCGCGGAAACGUCAAGGCGGCUGGCCGAGGAUCCCUUCAGUCCCAUGCCGGCAUUGGUGAUUGAGUCAGACGACUGCAUGAAGAAACAGCCCCGACGUUAUGUGCUUUGCAUUUGAUUGCAUAUGCCUUCCCGUUUCGGACGCCUAGAAAUCUAGAAUUUGGUCUAGGUUUUGGGAAGAAGGAAAGCACAGCUAAUUAUGUUAAAUGACCCUGGCUUGCCGGCAUAGGGCCCCUCACAUUCGAGGGCCCUAAAGCAAAACAACAUGUAAGUAGGCGGAGUUAUUAACUUUCUCUAUUUAUAAAAAUAAUAAUGCGAAUAAUAGAGUAACGAUUCAUAGAAUGCAUUCAAAAGUCCA